GACGCGGUCCAGAGAUACCGUCCAAGUGCUUACAGAAGGAUAUCUUAUUCGAUUCAAAGUCUGGGCAGGCUGCUAAACUUUUUUUUUUUUUUAACUGCCAAAGCCAAAGUGUCGGGUGGUCUAUGGAUGAAUAAGGAAUGAAAGCAGGAAGCAGUUGUCACAACUCGCCUGUCAAAAUCAAUUUACUAGUUUUUACACUCAGUUGUUUGGAAGGUAACAUCCAGUCACAGAUUAUGGCUCAUCGAUUUUCAAAAGAAGAAUUAGAUGAGCAGUUUGAAGAGUUUCUGAAAGAGUCUCUUUCAGAUGAUUCACUUGGAAAUUCAAAGAAAAAAUCCAGCAUUCUUGAGACAUUGGGACAGCCCAGGAAAAAAGAAACUAAGAAAAAGGAUUCAGUGCCAUGGUGGAUAUCUGAGGAAGAUUCGGAUGAUGGUGGAAUGUGUGGAGCCAAUGGAAGCUUUGUGAAGAUACAGAACACUUCACAACCUAUGGGGGAAACUGAGGAGAAUAUGCAUGUGGAAAAGGUGCAGCUUCAGAAAAGUAAUGGGGUUGCUGUCUCCUUAAGUAGAGACAGCCUGGAGACAAAUGAUUCAGUUUUAGCUUCUGGGCCUAAUCAAAGUUUCGUGGGAGUUGGAUUGGAUACCUUGGAAGAACAAGAAGAAAAAGAUAUCUUCUUUGCCAAACUCGAACAAGAAGCUUCCUCUACUAUUGAUUAUUCAAGAUUAAAUAAAGAGCUGGAUUCCAAUGAUUCUGUAUUACCAGCACCAUUUGUACGAAAUGAAAAAACUGAAAAAGGAGAAGAGGAAUCCAUGCAUGAAGAGAAAUCUGGCAGCUACAGUGAAGAUUUUGAAGAAGAAACAGAUGCUAAUCCUGCCUUUAAAACUGAGGGAAGUCAGGUGAAUCAAAACAUCAUGUCAGGAGUUGAUUUCAGUCCUCAAGAACAGGAAGAAGCAAACACUGGCAUGCUAGCUAAAGUUGUAUUGCUUGAUUCACAAGAUUCAACUACAGAACUUCAAAAGGCCGUUGAAACAUCAGAUGUAGCUCUAGGCGAACAUUAUCUGCCUGAAGAAGUCAGUGGAAUUGAAAUGAAUGAAGCAGGCAGUUCCUAUGGACAAACCACCAGUGACAUGGAAGCGUUACACCAAGCAUACCAUCAUAUUGAUCAGUCUUUGGGAGACACUGAUCAGCAAAAACUGCACGAUUCUGCAACGGGAGUCUCAGAAUACUUAGUGCAAGGUGUUUCACAAAAUAAUGACAUCUAUUCAAAAAACAUGUCAACUAUUGAAUCAGAUUUACCUACUGUGGAAGAAUUGAUGAAACCAAUUAAAGGACAUUCAUGUAAUAUCAGAAGUUUUGAUGUGGAGCCUGAAAGUCCUGUGAAACUGGUAGGCAGCACAGCAAAUGACCUCGUCAGCCACUCACCCUUUAAAGAGCACCAGAAUAAUACGGUUUGGGAGACAAACUUACUUGAAAAAUUUAAUAGAGAAGAGAGCAUCUUUCUGCAGGCAGCUGUGAAUGACGAUAACUUUCAGAGGGUGACUGAGAAAGAAAUUCAGACCAGUGAAGUACAGCUUGAUGUACCGAGAGAAAAAAUAGUACAAGACUCUCUGCUUUCACAAGGCAGCAAAACUAAACAAGCUCUUCGGUCUUGUUCCUUGAAGAAUGAAAGAUCUGAAUCAAUGACAACUAAACCAAUGUUAUACAAGAAUAUCAGAAGUCCAGCACCUUUACAUAAAAAGAAAUCUUCAUAUGGUCCUCAUGGGGUGGUUAGAAGUUCUUGGUAUGGGAAACCCACUUCACUCUCAAAACAGUCUUUUCCAGUUAAUGAAAAGAAAACACCAAAAGAAACUUUCAAAAAGACCAGUGUGAAAGCCAAAAGUCCUGCAGAUAGAGCAAGAUCUAAAGAAGCCUUAUUUGCUACUAGGAUAAUAAAAUCUGCAACAAAUGAACCAACUACGAAGGGAAGUAUUAACAGAGUUAUGUCUGGCCAAUCAGUUGUUAACAAUCUUGGACACCAGGCUGUGGAUUAUUGCAGGCAGUAUCAGCAUGAUUUAUCAUUUUCUCCUGUCAAAAGUUGUGAUAGAGAACUAUAUUUGCUAAAACGAGUACAAGUUGCAGAGGAGGACCUGAACGCAGCUCGUGAUUUGAUUCAACAGCUAACCAGCACAGUUUCACAAAAAGAGAAAGAAAUAGAGACAAAGAUAGUAGAAUUGAAAACACAGCAUGACAAAGAGCUUUCUCGGUUGGGUCAGGAAAACUAUGUUCUUCAGAGUAAGUUAAGAAGUAUGGAAGAGCUGACUCAAGAAAAGAGAUGGACCCAUCAUACAGCAACGAUUCCUGUCACUGAAGAAAAACUGGCACAAAUACAAAAAGAAAUUGAAGAUCAAGAGGUCAUUAUUCAAGGUUAUCAACAGGAAAAUGAGAGGUUAUACAAACAAAUGAAAGAGCUACAAACCGCAAACAAAAAAAAUGAGGAACAAAUGUUUAAGGAGAAUCAGUGUUUAAUGUCUGAAUUAAUAGCCCUAAGAGAAAAGAUAGAGAUGACUAAUAUCCAGUCACGAAUCAUGCAGGAUUCUGAACCAGCCAGAAAUCAGAGUUUCACAGAAUUGAUUUCAGAGCUUCGAGCAGCACAGAAGGAAGAAACUAAAUUACAAGAAGAGAUAAGACGUCUCAAACAAGAUAAGCAAGCUCUCGAGGUAGACUUGGGACAAGCAAAGAAGGAGAGAGAUUUAGCAAAAGUCCAGAUUGCAUCCACAUCAAGUGAGAAGUCUUAUGAAUUUAAAGUUAUGGAAGAAUCAUACAAACAGGAAAUUACUCAUUUAAAAAGACGACUUCAGUGGUAUGCAGAAAAUCAAGAUCUUCUGGAUAAAGAUGCAGCCCGCCUUAAAGAUGCAAGAGAAGAAACUGAGAAACUAAAACUAGAGGUUGAGAAGCUCAGAGCUGAAGCUGGAGAUCAGUGUGUGCAACAGAAGAAGCGUUUGCGAGACAGAGCAGCAGAUGCUAAAAGAAUUCAGGAUCUUGAGCGACAAAUCAGAGAAAUGGAAGGAAUUCUAAAAAGAAGGUAUCCAAAUUCUUUGCCUGCUUUGAUUUAUGCUGCUGCUGCUGCUGAGAAAACUGAUGAUCUUUCAGCUAAAACAAACACAGUUGAUUUUUUGGAGAGAAGAAUAAAAAAGUUAGAAACAGAACUUGAAGGUAAAGAUGAUGAAGCUAAAAAAAGUCUCCGUGCCAUGGAACAACAAUUUCAAAAAAUAAAGAUACAGUAUGAGCAAAGACUUGUAGAGCUUGAGCAACUACUUGCCUACAAAUUUAUGAGUGAAUCACCAAAACUGAAUGGUGAUAAAGUCAGUUCUACAGAACUUGAACAGGAGCUUCAGAAUCUAAAAAAGACCCAUCAGAUCACCGUUAAAAACCUCCAGACAGAAAUUGAAAACCUUAAAAGUCAAAAUUCCCAGUUAAAACUCAGAAGUAAAAAGGAUAAUAAAGACUUAGAGUCCACAGACUCUCAGCUGAGACAAGGUAACACAAAAGACAGACUGUUAAAACUAAAUGAAGAACUGGUCACCAAAAAUAGAGAAAUACAAGACCUUACAAAAACUGUAGAGAAACUUCAAAAAGAAAGGGUGGUGAUGUUGUCUGAUAAUAAUUUGAGAACUAAAACCACUAAGGAAAACACUACAGAGAUCUUGAAAAAGAAUACCUCAGCAACAGAUAAAAGGAAUUCCAGCAACAGUAAAACCUUUUUAAGCAUUUUCAACGAUGACAAAAUAUACCAACCACAUACCUUUUCUGAUUCUAAUCUCUCGGAAGUUCUGCAAGAAAAUGCACAGCUGAAAGAGGAGCUAGAAAGAUUGUCUCUAGAAAUGAACCAGCAGAGGGUGAAGUCUCAAGCAACACUGGCUUAUUCUGAAAAUAACAUACGAAGGAUACAGGAAGACACAGCAGAAUACGUUGCAUCUCUGAAAGCUUCCCAUCAGAGGGAAGUGGAGAAGAUUCUUUGCCAGCACGCAAGGGAGCAUUCUACUUCUAAAGUAGCUGAACUAAGCAGCAGAAUUUCAACACAAGAGAUAUUAAUAAAACAUCUCCAAGAACAAAUUGGUGAACAACAGAGACAUCAGGAAGCCCUUUUAGUUUCACAGAUGCGAGAGGAACUCCUACAAAAAGAGGUGACAAAAUUGUUGGAAGAACUGAGAGAGGCUAAGGAGAGCCAGAGUCCUGAAAUGAAGCAUUUCUUGUGCCUGGAAAAGAAAAUCAAGCAUAUAGAGACCAGACAUGCAGAAAGAGAGCAAGAAAUUCAAAAGGCAACCCAACUAACACAACAGAUUACUGAAGCAAGGCAAACCCAUGAGGCUGAGAGGUGGCGAAGACUGGCACAACGGAAGAAUCAAGAACUGGAGAAAUUUCGGGUGGAAUUGGAUUCAAUAUUAGAUGUUUUACGUGAACUGCAGAAACAAGGGGUUGUUAUUCCUGCACCUAAUUCCAGUGGAUUCAGCAUGAUGGACAGCUGUUGGAAGACAUGAUUAGGUAGGAGUUGAUUAGAGAAGCAGGAUUUUAAUAUUCAAAGUUCCGUGUAGAAAGUAAUAUUGAAAAUCAUUAAUGUAACACUCAUAAAUUGAAUUACAUUCUGAUCUUACCCGGAAUCUUGCUUGUCCAAAGGUAGAUUUGCACUGAGCAGCACCCCGGUCAUAUUGUAUGUCUUCGAUUUUGUUAGGAAUAAAGUUACGUGCAAUUUUUUAAAAGUAUUAGGAAUACUGAGGUUAUUCCAGAAACUCAAUUACCAUUGAGAAAUUCCAUUUGAUGCUUUUUCGGAUACUGUAGAACAUGCCUGAAUAUUUUUAACUUUUCUUUAUAACUUGUUUUACAGUGAUUCCUUUGUGAACAAUUUGAGUAAUAUGCUGUUUGGCUUGUACUUUUAGUGUAUAGAGUUGUUAUUUUUCAUUCAGUAGGGCAUGAAAAUCCUCUUUUUUCCAACAUUUUGCUUCUCUCCCUCCAAUUCAUAAAACGUUCCUUCCCUUGUCUUUAAGACCCCUUUCAACUUUGUGAAUGAUUGGCGGGCUGGAGCAGAGCAGGCAUUCUCUGGUGAUGCUCAGAUUCAAACUAUUCCCUGUUUACUUUGCAGAGCUUUCCGACUGUGCUGGUAAGAAUGAUGGCAGAGUGGUCUAGCUGAAUUCUUAUGGGGCAGAUAUGAAAAAAAGCCUGUAAAAUACAGCGUGAGAGUAGUUCUUGGUAUCCCUUUUGAAAGGAAAGGCUGUAUUGACUAAGAUUUGUACAAGGGGCUGUUCUGGAUCUGAGAGUACCAUCUUCAUAGAUGAUCUUGACAGAGUAAAGAGGCCAAUCAAAUGUCAAGACGAUGACCUAAAGCUCAACUGCAGGGAUUUGUUGGUGGGCAAAUUUAGAGUUCAAAUACUGAGCAAACCGGAAAAGGGGCCAGGGGAAAAAAAAAAAGCUAUACUCUUCAGGAGUGACAAAGGAGACUGGUAUGCUUAACAGGAAUAAUCUACCACCCGAACGCAGAAUGUGGAUAUAACUUUCUGCUGAACUGACAGGCAUCAUAGCAGGUAACAAGCUGAAUGUUAGAGAGGCCAUUGCCUUCUCCCUCUCCUCUUAUGCCCGGCUGGAGUUACACACCUAAGCGUAGAGCCUGUAAGAUACUAGAUAGCGUAGGAGCAAUUCCUGCUGCUGCAUCACUGACAUGUAACUAACUUAGUGUGCUAAGCUUUGGGUCCCUUGUUUUGAAAGAGAUGGACCAACUGGAGGGGAAAGAACAAUCAGCAGUCUAGGAGAUGUAGCCUUAGGAACCACUGAACCCCCAGGGGCUGCCCUGCUCCAGAGGGGAGACUGGGGAGGGAAGAUGAGGAUGGCUAUUAUACGUGUUGUGUAUGAAAAACCUGCUGCUAAAAGGAUAGAAAAAGGAGAAGCAGUAAGUCAAAUUAAAGAAAAUUCUAGAUAAUAGCUAUUUGGUGGCUGGAAGGACAGGUUUUCAAACAAAUCAGUAAAUUACUAGUUUGAAGUCUCAGCACUGCAAAUCCUU